AUGUCGAGCUCUGCCACUCCGUCGCCCAUCUACUCGCUCCCGCCCACGCGCAUCCCUGUCUCCGGGACAUUCUCGGGUUCCUCUUCCGAGCUCGAGCCCUCUCCGCAACUACAAUCAACAGAUGUUUCCUCCUCGGACACGCGCACGCCGACGUCUGAGCUUCGUGCAUACACCCCCCGCGCGGCCCUGUAUACCCCGGAGGCACCGCAUAUGGCGACGAUACGUCUGCGGAGCCUCACGCCGCCUACCACUCUGGCAGCGUUCCUCUCCACACCAUCUCCUGCGCGUAGAAUGGGAACUUUCACUCCCUCGCGUGCGGAGAGUAGAGCUCGGGAUGGGGAGGGCGAAGGCAGUGUUCCGCCCAUACAUAGCGUUCACAUCCUCGGCACCGACGACGAUGUCCAGGAAGUCUUUGGAGCUGGCGACCUAGACUACUACGAACCGCUUGGUGGGGGGAGCGACAACGAGAGCCUGGCAUCGGGUCGACUGAGCACGGUCACAGGAGGACUUGGUCGCGAGGGCGAGGGCGAGGGGAUUCGUAGAGACGGUUCGGCUCCAGCAGUCAGCCCGCAGGCAGAUCACCCAACGUUGCAGAGGGGUCACUCGCAGGUUCCAGAGGGCAAUCGGAUAAUGGGUGAUGAAGACGGUUCGGAUACAUCGAGCGUGCGCAGCCGGUUGAGUACGGUUGCUGAGGGUCUGAGCGACGAAGAGCGCGAUGUGGAGGAUUACUUGAUGCAGGCUGAUGAUCCGCCAGUUCCAACGAUAAGCUGA